GGACAAAAGGUCAAAACUGAGGUCCCUAGGGCAGCAGAGGCCGGCUUAUAUACAUGGGGAGAUAAGGGCAGGCUGUGCACGCUGGUCCAUGCACAGCUGCUGGUCCGUGUGCAGCAUGCUGACGUGGCCCCGGGGGCCAAUAGUCAGAGCGGCUGUGCCAGCGGAGCCCGAGCUGUGCCGCGCACUGCCGUCCCAUCUAAUCUAAUCGUACAGUAG